AUGACCUGCUUCUUCUAUGGCCGAACUCUAAUAGUAACUGCGUUACUCUGUGCGUUACUACUGCUAUUUUUGGUGGUGCUUUAUUCAUAUAUUGAUGAUGCUCUACUGCUUUAUCUGGUGAAGCUGCCCAUCUACUUUCAUGUACUACUGCUGCUUAACCUGGGAUUAUGGUGCUGGGCAACCAACUUGCAUCUGCUUGCAUGGACUGGUAUUAAUACAUAUUUCUUGCUGGAAGCUGGCUCGGAAACCACUUUAUUCUCUGCUGCUAACUUGACUAGUCCUAGACGCAGUAUGCGCAAUAGCCAGUCUUUCACUGCAAAGGAGUCGUAUGCAACGCUUCAACAAGAGAUGGACCAUCAGACCAGAUCGGUUCCUUUUGUAGAGACCAGCUCCUCAUCAGGUUAUCCCAGUCGAGUGUAUGAUGAUGAUAUUCUGUCACAACAGUUAGAUUCCGACUCUUUAUACCCUUCUUGUCUUAUGGAAGCCAAAUCUAGUCCAACUGCACUUCCAUCUGUGCUCUGCACAGAUGGCCUAUUUCAUGGUGGCACGGACAACACUGAGACCCAUGAUGCUUGCAUCCAUAUCAACGACAGUUCUACCAAAAAGCAAUCCAUCCACCAGAAAAACCACAGUUCUACCAUCAGAGCUCUUUACACAAUGGCCUGUGGAUUUACUGUAUUGACAUUGAUCUCGAUGGGCUUUUUCCAAAUGUUUUCUAGAAAAUGGGGUGAAGAAGCAGCAGAGUUUGUUCCGCUUAUUACCUAUGCUAUUGUAUUAUUUCUGGUAGUAAAUCCUUGGCCCGUCUUAUAUUAUAACGAGAGAUUCAAGUUCUUAGAAUCUCUCAAGCGGUCUGCAUUUGGGGGAUUGUAUUCAGCAGUUCCAUUUUCAGAUGUAAUCCUGUGCGAUAUCCUCACGUCUUUUUCUCGUGUUGUAGGCGAUAUGCAGAUGGUGUUUUGCGAUUUAGUGUUGCUUCCUGAUGGUUCUGAUAUUACCUCUACAUAUCCAAAUGUAAAUAUUGUUAAUGAAGCUACUACACCAAGCCAGUCUAGAUUAACUUUUGGGUUGCACAGACAGAAUGAUAAUAGUCAUACGGCUUUUAAUGGUGUGCCAACUGAGCAGUUCAGUUGGUCAGAAGUCAUUACACCAGUGCUGAUUGCACAGUGCUUGUCAGAGUUUUUUCUAGCUAGUGAUCCACAACACAAGUGCCGCCACAUGGCGAACGCUAUUAAGUAUCUGACCUCGUUACCGGUGAUAUUAGCUGCCUUUCAAAUCAACAGGAUACAAAGAUCUUCUCAUUUCGGCAAUAUAGCUGAUCCAGAGUUGCACGUUGUACAGUUUAAUUCUGUCGUAGGAUUAUGGGUUCUUUUUUCGCUGAUCAAUUCAGUCUAUUCUCUUUAUUGGGAUAUUGUAGUGGAUUGGAAUUUAUGUGCCGUUCCAUUGGCACGACAGCAACUGUAUGUCCACGUGCAUAGUCCUGUGCUGCCAUCUUUGAAAUCAUCCAUGCUGCCUUCUGCUCCAGUUUCCCCAAAACUAUCUCACAAUGUGUAUCGAGAUUUGUCUAAACAAGACGGCGAUAUACUUAUUCGUCUAUAUCAACGAACACGAUUUUUACUGCGACCUAUAUUACAUUUUCGAUAUGUUACACCGUAUUACGUGGCUAUUGUUUUAGACUGCAUUUUGCGGUUUUCGUGGACUGUCAAAAUCACUUUUUUGUACAAACUAGCGCUUGUACGCGGUCAUCACGAUAAUAUAUCGCGAUUUGUUUCGGAUGCACAACUACUAGGAACUGUUGCUGCGAUAGAUCUGGCUCUCAAGGCUCUGGAAAUUAUACGGCGAUGGGUAUGGGUGUUUUUUCGAAUUGAGCGUGAAUGGGUGCUGAAACAGGGUAAAUCGUUUUCCAAAAAUUAA